AUGUAUGAUGAUAGUCCUGUACCACCCCCAGCACAAUCAAAAGGCAAGCGUAGAUUUGGCGCAGAGGAUCAACAGACUCAGGUGCCGCAAAAGAAGCGCAAGCUUGUACUCACUGCAGAACGUUACUUUUCACCUGCUGUCCCGACUGUCGCCAAUCUGCCUGCCGAGGUCUGGCAGCAUGUAUUUCUAUACCUCACACCCGACGACCUUAGUCGUUGCUUGCGCGUUAGUCGCUUGUUCCGCUCCUAUCUUACCGAUCUCACUGCCACUAUGAGCAUCCGCCUACCACCUCAUCGCAGUGGCUUGAAGCUCAUCGACAGCGAGGCUAUCUGGACAUCAGCUAGGAAACUGUUUGCCCCUAAUCUUCCUCGCCCACUUGCUGGCUUUACCGAGAUGCACAUGUUCCAGCUUCUUGGAGGUGGGGAUUGUCAAGCUUGUGGUGCUCUGCCGCUGCAACCAAAUCAGCCCACUACCCUCUUCGACGCCGGACCUGGUCAUGGCGGCGUGCGCGUCAUCUGGUCGUUCUCUGCUCGCCUUUGCUCUGAGUGUUUUGAGCUGUAUUCUGAUGUCGAUGUCGUGGUCUCUCCGGUCAACCCAUUGAGAGCUGGCCUGCCCUAUGCUUUUUGCACACCAGACUUACAUUACAUUCCUGCUACCUUACAGGCCCAGGCUGCUGCUUCCAUCAAGGGCACGAUGUUCAAGGUGUACUCACAAAAACAUAUCGAUGAUCUUCAACAAGAACACCAGAAUGCUAUGGAGUUCGGCACUGCUGCCGCCGAGGAGUGGGUGAAAGGCCUGCCGUUACUCGGAAAACAGCAGAUGGCCGAUGCCGCUCGUUGGGAGAGAUGGGAAGCCCAACUUCCCCUUGGUUCCGACAUUUCCAAAGAAUGGCGCGCACCUCGUAACCUGAAGGAAGUCAACGAAGCCAGGGCUUCUCGACGAGCCGACAUCGAGCGACGAUGCUACCAUGAAUUCCAACCACCGCUCAUGCCCAACGUCCUACAACACAUGGAAUCUUUCCACGCUGCUAUGCAAAUAACGACACCUUUGACUGACAGCGCAUGGGAGGUCUUGAAACCCCGUCUCUAUGCUCAAAGAGAUGCCGCUGAGCAGAUUGAGUACAUGCGAGAGGAACAAAUGCGUGCUCUCCAAGCAACGAUCCCUGAUCCUGCGUACCAAGCCAUGUAUAGCCAGCCUGUGGAUCCAACCGUUCUUCAGCGUCAAUAUGAAGCUGCUCAAGCACCGAUACGAAAGAAGCUGGGCAUGUAUGCCGACGACCUGAUUCGAAUUAAAUGGAAAAAGGGCAAGGUUCUCAACCGUGACAAUUGUCCUGAAUUCGCGGUAGAGGUCCUACUCUACGCGAGGAACAGAUUCGUUCAAGUUGAGAGGCCGCAUGACUUGCCACCAGAUCAGAUGACCGACGAGUCUGAUCCAUGGUUCGUAAGUCUGGAAAACAUGCGUUGGCUCUAUGACCAGAAAGUCAAGACAUAUACCGACAAACAUUUGCGCGAGCUGUUUCAUUGCACAGAGUGUAAGUCGGCCGGCAAGUCUUACGCUUUCGAAGGCAUGAUACAACAUUAUGGUGCAAAACAUACUUCCGAAUUCAGCCGAGGCAAUAUCGUUGUUCAUUGGCAAAGUGCAGAAUGGCCAGAAGAGUCCCCUUUGGAACCCUGCAACGGUGCCAUUCCUGAUCCUACUCUGCCUCCUAAGCCAGAUAAGAAAGCCACAGAAGGCGGUGACGCUAGCCAAUACCAAGCAGUGGAUGAAUAUGGAGCUUCAGCUCAGCCUGGAUAUCCAGCUUACCAGAACGGCUCUUGGCCUGCGACGGAUCAGGCUGGAUACUCAGCCUAUCCUCCUGACGCCCACGGUUAUACUCCAUAUGGAUAUCCCUAUGCAAGUGGCACUCCGGCAGACCCUCAUCACCAACAUGGCUACUACCCGCCUCCUGUCAACCCUGCGAGCUUACAUCACGAUCAAAUUGACUUCCUUGCAAACGUUGCCAGGGAGCUUUGGGACACUACUGCUGGAGUUCAGGGCUUAGAAGAGAGUGUUAGAGUUCACACCGUACUGCAUCAUGUUGUCUUGAGGUUCAAGGCUCACUUUGGUCUCGAGCCGUCGCUUGAUAUGCUUACCGAUGCUCUCGCCAACCACAACCUCAUGCGACCUCUCAAAGAAGCCAGUGGAAUGGCCUGCAUGACUUGUAUAUCGAGCAACCUGGAUGGCUUCGUUGCUUUCAAACCCUAUGCGAAGCGCAUUGCCGACUACAAGCUGUACAACACUUCAUCGCUCAUAACACAUUUCAAGACGGUCCAUCUUGGCAGCGACUCUGGACUGGAUUGGAAGGAAGAUAUGAUCGAGUUGCCCGAAGAUGAUAACAUCCGCGAGCUGUUGAUUGCCAUUGGCAUGAAUGACGAAAAGCUCGGUUUGAUCGCACAAGUGUUCCCCAAGCUUUUCCCCAACCCACUCCCAAAGAUCGGA